UCGAAACGUCGACUGAUGAAAUAAAGAAGUUAGUAACAAUUGAAGUUUUCCAACACCCCUUAAACCAUUGUUUAUUAAUUACUUUAGGAAAUUAUCACAUUUUGUAUAUUAGCAUGGGGUUUUAUGCUGAAAUCCGUGUACGGUAUGGAAGGGAAAUGUCAUCGACCUUAAAAUCUUGGUCAUCUAAUAACAUCAAGUUGGCAGCAUUGCGGAAUCGCAGAGUGUUCCUGUUGGAGUGUAAAAGGCUUGGUUUACAUCCUAAACACAUGACCAAUAACUUCUGUCAAUUAUAUGGAUCUGUGACAGACGAGGUGUCGUCCAGACAAGCAGUGAACAUGGAGAACAAGAAUAACAAGUACAAUAGACAAUUUGCAUUGACGAAACAGAAAAAUCUGGAUAAGGUGAGAGCUUUGACAGAUGCACAAUUGGGAAAAGUCAGAUCACAAGAAAGGUAUUACAAUCAGACAAAGGAAACGUAACAGUUAUUAUGGACAAGUCACAAUACAUAGAACUAUCUAAUGGAAUUCUCAAUGAUCUUGACUAUUACAGAAGACUACCUAGAGACCCAACAACUACUAUACAAACUAAAGGUAACACAUUGAUUAAAAAAUUGGUAACAAGUGGUCAUAUUUCCCAAAUGCAAGGAAAAUCCUUGUACAGUUAUAACUCCAUUCCUGCAAGAUUUUAUGGACUACCUAAAGUCCAUAAACCUGUUCUC